AUGGAGGAACAAUUUUACUACGCUUAUAUUGAUACUGUGGUUACUGGAGUGCUCCUAGUGUUUAGGAAGAGAACUCGGAGCCUUGUUAUUGCUUCGUUAGGUAAUGAUAAACAACUUCUUUUGGAUAAAGUAGAGGCUUUUCUGAAGAGAUACGAAAAACAGGAUAUGAAGUAUAAGUUGCGAGAGUUAAAAGACACGGAAAAGUAUAAAAAAUCAAUCGAAAACUACAGGAUAUAUCUAGAAAAGAAAAUGCCGUUACCAUCGGGUGCUAUUCCCUUUGAAUUUCUGUUUGGAACAGAAUUUCAACGUAAAGUUUGGAAUGAACUUUUGAAAGUAGAGCAUGGCCAUGUCGUCACGUAUGGAGAUAUUGCGAGAAGAAUAGGAAAACCAACUGCUGCAAGGUCUGUUGGAAGAGCGUGUGGUUCGAACAACCUGGCGCUGUUGGUACCAUGUCAUAGAAUCAUUGGCAACAAUAAGAAGUUAACGGGAUAUAAAUGGAGUUGUAAACUGAAAGAACGGUUAUUAAACAAUGAAAGGGAGAAUGAGAAAAAUCUAAAUAGAGUUUAA